CCGGAAACAAAUGAACAUCGACCAGCAAUAUAGGCAGAUGUUCCGGGUUGUUGCGGCGCGGGAGUGCGUGGACCACUUUUCAUCGGACAGGUCGCACAUGAUUGAAGCGGGUGGAGCGUACAGCGCCCAGCCCCCAGGUUUUCCUCCGCUGCGGGGUCCGCGGGCGACGAGUAGCAACAACAUGAACGAGUGGAUUAACAUGGAUGCUACCACCGGCCGAGGGAGGGUACUGAACCUUGAAGACAUGGAGGCGUUCGUGGCGCGUGGUCCUCAUCGCUUCACAUAGCCAACGCGAAUCUCAUCGUGUUAGAGGAGGCCAGACUCAAGAGGCGGAGGGACGCGCGUCUCAGCUUUUGGCAGGCUAGGCUGACCUGUGAGACGCUGCCCUUGCUGUUUUCGGUUUUGAAAGGCGCAAGGAGCAAUUUUGAACUUGUCGGUUCCAACGCGUUACGAGUGUCUCGCUCGUACGAGACGAGAUGUUUUUGUCGAAUUGGGCAAUGUUUGUAGAGGUAACGGUUUAACUAGUACCGCGCAGGCUUGACCGAUUCCUACCUGGAUGGACCGGGCCUGACCGCGUGAAAAUUAUUUUGUUUCUAUUAUUUUCUUGCUGCGAUCCGCACCGUUGUGUAGUGGUCGGGCGGACCAAACGAAACGACGAUACGGUGCACGAU